UAUUCCAGGGUUCAUAUAAAUAAAAAUAGUCAUAUUAAGAUUGAUGUCUCUAGAAAUGUUUGGUUGCAUUCUUCAUACUGUCAUGUUCGGAUUACUAGUUUUGACAAAAGAAGGGGACACAUACGAAUUUCAAACUACGGAAAUCACGACUCAAAUACGAUAUCAUGUUGCCAAAACAACUAUGAACAUUCAACUCACCAAUGAUGAGAAUAAGACGGUAGAGGCUAAGCUAUACUUAAUGCCUCCCAUCGAAGCAUUCUUUACUGACCUUAGUAUGACAAUCGGCAAUAACAGAUAUGAUGCAACAUUGAAAAUGAAAAAGAGAGCGCAAAACCAAAUGUAUGAUGGAACGGUCUUACUAGAAACAUGUGAGAAAUGGUUGGAAUAUGAUGAUAGUGUCUACAUGUUGAUUGUUAACGUUGGCUCUCUAACAACCGCGAAUCUAAAACUAACAUAUCAACAAGUAUUGGAAAAAGUUAACGGAAAGUACGAGUAUGAAGUCAGUGUUGUGGGAAAUAAACCAACCCAAAUGCUGGCAGUCAAUAUAAAUAUCUGCGAAACAAGGAAUAUUGAACUCAAAUCAGUUUCAGCACAAAAUGCAACUGUUACUCUCCUCAGAGAUGAACAAAAUGCAUUAACAAUGAAAAUUGAAAAUGAAUCUGGUCAGUUUACGAAUAAUGGAGUCGCCAGAUUAAAAUUAACUUACAAACUAGAUGGAGACGAAGAACCCGAAGUUCUUUUAGGUCAUGGACAUUUUGCCUAUUUUGGCCCUGAACUAUUAUAUCCCCCACGAAUGAUAAUGUUUGUUCUGCAAGCUAAUUACGAAAACAGUGUGUACAAUGAUCAGCGAGCAAAUGAAGCAAUGAUGGACGUACUUGAUUCCAUGACUACAAAGGAUCGCAUAGGAAUUUUAAAGUUUGGUCAUAAGAUCAAAAAAUGGAGAAAGGGAAAAUUAUCAAGAGCUACUCCACGAAGCAUCAGAUCAGCGAAGAAAUUUCUUUUGAAAGACCAUAAGUUAUACGGAACAAAAUACCCGGACGCUUUGGAGCUCGGAGUUAAACUUCUAAAAGAUGCCAAAAAGAAAGUACCCAUUGAUCCAUUAUUCGACUUCGUUGUUGUAUUUGCUGAUGGACACACUAGUUCGCGUUCUGGAAGAAUAGUAAAAAACGCUUGGUCGUACAACCGUGCAGGGUUUGGGAUCCACACUCUUCAAUACAAAUCAACUUUUUCUUCCGAUGCUCUGGAUAUAUUGGCUGGACAAAAUCAUGGAACUUUUGCAAAACUUUAUAGUAAAGGGUUCGAUUUUACUGCACAGUUCAAGCAACAUGUAAAGAAAAUGGAUGAAACAACCGCUGGUGGACAACCCCUAGAGGUACAUUACCCCGGAGGCGUAUCAGAUGUCAUUUCUGUAAAAACACCUCAUGGAGGGGUUUUUACUCGAGUUGGAAAAUUCAACGCAAGUUCGACAGAUAAUGGGGAACCAAAGUUUAUAACACUAGAAGCUCAGAAUUUAUUCAAGAUGUGCAAAAGAAAACGCCACUCAAUCAGUGAAAUAACAAAUGCUUGUGUUAUAGUGCCAAAUGUAUCGUUUAAUACUGCAAUGAAACCCAAACUGUUUGAUGUGGAAAUGCAAUACUUACGUACAUGCGAUUCAGAUAUUGAAAACAUGGAUGAGCAUCCAGUCAGAACAAUGUAUCGCAUUGCCAAGCUCCAGGAAGCAAUCUUCAACGCAAAGCGAGCUCAUUACAAAGAAUUGAGAAGAAAGACAAAAAAGAUUGCAUCUGACUUGGCUUACGAACUGAAAUUGGUGUCUCCGUACACUUCGCUAUUUCUCACAACGAAUUCAAAUGAGAAUUAGUCUGGAUAAUCGGCCAAGAAUCAGUUUCCAUCUAUCUCAGCUGUCAGUUUGUUCGUGAAUAUAUUAUUUACUUAAAAAGCAAAUAAUUGCAACUUAAGUUUGUAUUCUUCGAAAUAUCCGUGAUCAUGAUAAAUAUUAUUGAAUACAUUGUCACAAUUGUGGCGAGGAGAAAAGUUAUAACAUUAUGCGCUAGACUGGCUAGAGAGUAAGAAAAAUCUUUAAAUAAGUACCAGAGUAUAUAUAUAUGUGCAUAAAUGCAAUGCUAUUAUGUUAUGUAAGCUGUUAUGCUGCGAUAAAAAAAACAAGUCAAUACUGAAAAGAAAAAUCAACCAUAUACAUAAUAAUAUCACAAAGAAUAAUUCCAAUUUAUGCUCUACAUCCAAACCUUCAAUAUAAAACAUUUUGUUAUUCAAAAAUACUAACAACUUGACUUAAAAGCGUAGACUCGAUUUGAAAUCUUCUUACCUCUUGAGGGAUAACCUUUAUCUCACCCGAUUACGAAUCCACAUAUUGUUUGCAUUAUUUUUGAAGUACCGGUUAUGAAUACCAGUGUAAAUACUUUUCAGGGUAAUCAACUAUAUCGAAGUAUAGUGGACGGAAAUUAGCUUCGUAUGAUCAUUUCAGGGUAUUUUCGUGACAUAUAAAUAUAUAUAUAUUAGAAAAACCUAACCAGUGUGGUUCUUUUUUCGGCGCUCCAGAAGUUUA